AUGAUGUCCCUGCUCCCACAGAUCCCUGCUGUGAACCUGAGUGAGGACCAUGUCAGGACGCUGAGUGUGCUCACCUGUAUAGGUGGAGCCAUCUCUGUGUUCUUCUGCACCAUCACCUUACUGAGUCACUGCCUGCAGCAUGCGUAACACCUCUAAAGCAAACGUACACACAUACAGACGCACACAAUCUUUCUCUCUUUCAGACGGAAAUCUACUGACCAUGCCAUGCUGAUCCAUCUCCAGUUGGUGGCAUCUCUGCUGUUGCUCAACCUGCUUCUGAUGAGCAGUAUGGGUUUGGCCUUUGUGGGCCCUGCCUCUAUGGCCCCUGGCCUGUGUCCUGCCGUGGCCGCCCUGCUGCACUACUCACUGCUCUGCUGCUUCACCUGGAUGGGCCUGGAGGCCCUGCAUCUGUACAGGCUGCUGGUCCUGGUCUACAACACCUACAUGAGACACUACCUGCUGAAGCUGAGCCUGCUGGGCUGGGGUAAGAACAGCACUGUCAGAACAGAUAACGCCACAGUUAAACAGUCAACAACAGUUCAUAUGUACAGACCAGCAGUAAACUGAAAAUCAAAAGCCUCAACAAUCUGUCUCCUCUCAGGUGUUCCUGCUUUGGUUGUAUCCAUAGUCGCCGCUGUCAGUACAGAUUUCUAUGGGCUGAAUAACGGAAUGUGAGUUUAUUAACAAAACACAUCAUAUUGGUGCUUUGCAUACCAGCCCUCAGAAUGACUUUCUCCCUCUGAUACACAGGUGCUGGAUCAAAGACUCUAAUGUGCAGUACGGCUCUGUUGUGGCUUACCUGAUAGUGGGCUUGCUCUUCAACGGCACCAUCUUUAUCAUCGUCAUCACAACGACGCUCCAGCUGCGCUCUGUGAUGUUGCCGCAGCAGAAGAGGCGGAGCUGCAACAUCACCUGCAGCGUUCUGGGGCUGACCUGUGCCCUGGGCCUCACCUGGGGGCUGGGCUUCUUCUCCAUGGGCUACACCAACCACGUCAUCCUAUACAUCUUCACCAUUCUCAACUCACUGCAGGGUAACCUAUCAUCCUUAUCGGAGGGAGCCAAUGGCAUACUUUAUUUUCGUAAGAGUGAGAAAACAAGCAAGUAACAUAGGGGUGAAAGAUAUCCUGUACAUACAGAUGAACAAUCUAAAUAAUGCUUAUUCAGGAACAUUGCAAUUUUACAUUUCUAACACUGCAGAUAGCAAUAAUGUACUGCUGAGAACUGCUGACAUGGUUUCAAGCUCCACAGACAAGUAUGGCUGUUCUACACAGAGUAUUUCUUUCUGAACAUUCAGUAAUGUUGCGCUCUCCGGAUACACCUCUGCUCGUUAAUAUGACACUGCUUCCUGUUUUCCACAGGGUUCUUCCUGUUCCUGUGGAUCUGUGUUAAGAGACUGCGGGGGGCAGAGCCGAGUGCCAUGACAACUGGACAGAGCUUUAGCACCCACAUUCUCUCCGAUGGAAGCGAGGUCUGGAAGAAUGAGGCAGUCAGUGCCUCCAGAGGGAGAAAUUGCUGCAAAUACAUCGAAGUUCUGACCAAAAGCUCACUUUAG